AUGGACAACGCGUCCACGGGGCCCUCUACGGCCCAGAAAUCCCACAAUCUUUUCCAAGUCUACCUGCGGCUUCGACCACCUCAGGCUGGGGCAGCAACAACUGAGCGCUUCCUCACCGUGGAGCCUCCUUCAACCGACACCCCAUCCACGGCACCAACCCACAUCACCCUCAACCCCCCAAAUGAUCGAAGACGUGCAGUCGAGAAGUUUGCUUUCACCCAGGUCUUCACCGAGGACGCCACCCAACUCGACGUCUUCCACUGCACCAAUGUUGUUCCCCUCGUCGAGGGUGUCUUGGCACCACACGGCGGCGAUGGCACUGAUGCACUUCUAGCAACACUGGGAGUCAGUGGAUCUGGCAAGUCGCAUACGAUCCUUGGUUCUCGGUCACAACGCGGCAUGACCCAGUUGUCUCUGGAUGUCAUUUUCCGAUCUAUUGGGAAGAACCUCAUCGACAUCGACACCAAGCCAGAGCUGGAGGCUUCCAUCAACGCAUCAGAUGCCUCAGAGGCAUCAAUAUCCAGCGCAAGCACGUUCAUCGAAACUGUGUAUGGGGACCCUUCAGGCGGCCCGCGCCCCUCGUCCCGCGCACCAACACCCCUCGGCGAUUCAAUCCCACCGACACCUCGAAAGCUCUUGAACCGGCCCUUGGCGUUCCCGCAGGUCCCCGACAUCAGUACAGUCAACGUCUCAUCUGAUCCUGCAGCAGAAUAUCUGGUCUUGGUCUCGAUGUACGAAGUCUAUAAUGACCGCAUCUUUGACCUCUUGACGCCUCCAGUCAAAUCCGCGGCCACAAAAGAAUUUCGGCGGCGGCCCCUGAUUUUCAAAUCUACCGAACAAUCCCCUGAUCGGAAGUUGGUCGCCGGUCUGCGCAAGGUCAUCUGCAGCAACCUGAACCAGGCACUCACGGUUCUCGAGGCAGGGCUGCAUGAACGAAGGGUCGCUGGUACCGGCAGCAAUAGUGCCAGCUCACGCAGCCACGGCUUUUUCAGCGUCGAAGUCAAGAAGCGGCCGAGGUCCAGCAGCAAGCGGCACCAAUAUCCAUGGGGAGGCAGCACGCUAACAAUUGUUGAUCUCGCUGGCAGCGAGAGGGCACGGGACGCAAAGACGGCUGGUGCGACACUUGCUGAAGCAGGUAAAAUCAAUGAGAGUCUGAUGUAUCUCGGCCAGUGCCUGCAGAUGCAGAGUGACGUUGGAAGCAACAGCAAGCAAGGCGUCGUGCCGUUUCGGCAAUGCAAACUUACUGAGCUGCUGUUCUCGAACUCUUUCCCGUCUCCUUCUUCGCUAAGUCAAUCCCAAUCUAUCCGCCGAAAUCCGCAAAAGGCUGUGAUGGUUGUGACCGCGGACCCGCACGGUGAUUUCAACGCGACAUCACAAAUCCUCCGAUACAGCGCCCUCGCCCGAGAGGUCACUGUACCACGCAUCCCAUCGAUAACAGAAACGAUUUUGCAGGCAAAUGCUGCGCAUGCGUACCCCACGGGCCAGGCCUGGGGCGGGAACUCGAACCAAACUCAGCCAUGUUCAAGCCCCAUCUCGUCUCCGACCCAGCAGUUCCAGCGAUCGCCAUUCUUCCCACCAGGACCUUUGAGCCCAAAAAUGCAUCGGACUCUUACGCCGCACAGUGUUACGCCCUCCGAAGACCGUGUCACUAUGGAGAAUGCGGCUCUGGAGAUUGCGCGGCUUGCUGAGGAGACCAAUCAUCUGCGCGAGUCGUUGGCACGUGAGCAAGAGGCUCGGGCAUCGGCCGAGGCGCAUCUACUUACCAUGGAAGACAAGAUGCUGGAGCUUGAGCAGGUGGUGCGCGAAGACUGUGCCGCAGAGUUCGAUCAGCGCCUCGCUGUGGAGCUCUCACGGUGGAAGGCAGCGAUGCAGAUGGCAGUCGAGAGGGGAGAGGAGCAUUGGGACCGAAAGUUGGAGGUCUUUGAAAGGAGUCUGGAAGCACAAAUCACUGUGAAUGAUGCGAGCGACGACGACUGCAUCGUCAACAAAGAAAACGUGCUGGUCGAAAACCUGGAACAGGCGAACGCACGACUGCGCCGCGAGGUCACGAUCCUCAAGAGGGAGCUUGCAGGGCGCACUCCCAGUAAACGAGCCCCGUUGGCUGAGAGGGAGGAUAUCACUACAAGCGCGAAUAGCAGUCCUAGGUCGGUGCACUCGGGCCGCGUUGGCCGAAAAGUCAACGAGAACGCCCAGCCCGAAGGUCUCCAGCGACGGAUGGAGAGCCUGAGCCUACGGGAGGGUCAGGACGACUUGAGGAGGGUUGCGAGUGCCAACAACAGCCGGGCAAAUAGCAGGAGCCGGGCAGAUGCGAGUGGCAGUCCAGUCAAGCGCGUCCGGCCUCGGAAACUGACUGCGAGGAAGUGGGAGGACGUCCUGGACGACGAAGAUGAUAUCUUCUGA